UAGUGGUGCGGAUCACAUAGCUGAAGAGUACAUGAAAACCCGAGCCCAAACCCGGGCCCAUCGGAAGGCUCGUUGAAGACCAGCAAGUCUGAAAACGAUUUCAGCUUUUAGCAUAUUUAAGUCCUUAUUUACUAUAUCCAAGCCUUUGAUUUUUGUUUCUCGUUUUGUUUAAAAUCUUUCCUUUUUGUUUAGGAUUUGAUUUGUUUCAUUUUCUUAACUCUAGAGAGGAUUUGAUUUGUUUCCUUUUUCUUAACUCUAGGGAGUUAGGAAGGUGUUAGUCUUUUCUAUAUAACCAGCACUAUGUAAUCGUUUAGGGGGAUUAUUUUUUUAUUGAUAAAAUUAUAGAGAGACCUAAUCUCUUUAUUCCAAAUUCUUUGGUAUUCUACGGAAUCAACAGAGUGUUUGAUGCCUUUAUUCCUGGGUAUUCUUUGACUAAACAGGUUUAGAGAAGGAUUUUGAUCUUCGGGUAUUCGUUACGAAUCAACGGAUUUCGAACUCGAUUAAAUAGUUCCGUUCUUCAUAAGCUUCCGCUACAUCAGUUGGUAUCAGAGCCAGGUUACGUCCUAGCACCCAUGGCACCAAGGAAGCAACGUACAAUGGAAGAAAUUUACGAGACUGAUAACGCAAGGAUGCAACAGCAAAUCGCUGCUUUGACUGAACAAAUCGCAGCAUUGACGGUGGCAUUUCAACAACCACCACUGAAUACCCACUUCACGGAGGAGGAAGAGGAAAGAAGUGCAGCGGAGGAUGAGGAAAAUCCCUUUGCGAGGGAUCUUGCUCGAAGGAGGGACAGGCGACCCACAGAUACUGGCUCUCAUCGGUGGGAAGCCGGAUUAAAAAUUGACCUUCCAGAGUUUCAUGGCACUUUGCAACCAGAAGAAUUUCUCGAUUGGCUUUUUUCCAUCGAGGAGAUCUUGGAGUUUAAGGAGGUUCCAGAGAAUAAACGAGUGCCCUUAGUGGCUACACGUUUUCGAGGCCGAGCAGCAGCAUGGUGGCAACAAUCAAAAGUCACUCGAUUGAGGCACGGCAAGAAAAAAAUUGAUUCGUGGGACAAGAUGAAAAAGCAUAUGCGAGUAGCGUUUUUACCCCAUAACUAUACUCGGACGCUGUACCAAAAUUUUCAAAAUCUCCGGCAAGGGGCAAAGACAGUUGAAGAGUACACUACAGAGUUCUAUCAGUUAUUGGCCCGUAAUGAUCUAGGGGAAACAGAGGAACAACUGGUCUCGCGCUAUAUUGGGGGUUUACAAAUUGCGUAUCAGGAGACUUUGAAUUUUUUUGAUCCCUACUCCGUUUCUGAAGCACAUCAGAAGGCUUUACAAGCGGAGAAGCAAGCAAAGCGGCGGCUAGGAAAUUACGGUGGGGCAAGUGGAUCUAAUCGUAACACAACACAAUCAGGGAUCAAUAGAGGGACCAUACAGGUUGGUAACCUACCAGUGGUGCCACAAAACAGAAACCCGAUCGCGACAAGCGGCCCGCGGUGCUUUAAAUGUGGUGAACCAGGACAUCGCAUUGCGGAUUGUAAGAAGGCAGGUCCAUUUGGGAAGGGGCUGUUUAUGGAAAGUGAAGAGAUUGUAGGGGAUGAGUUUGACGUGUCCCUACAAGAUCCAGUCUUUGAUUCAGAACACGAACAGGUUGUGUCCGAGGAACACGUCAUGGGGGAUGAUGGUCCUCUACUGGUGGUACGCAGGGCUUGUUAUACCCCACGAGAGGCUAAGGGCGAUAGUUGGCUUCGAAAUAAUAUCUUCCAGUCCACAUGUACCAUUGGUGGCAAAGUGUGCAGACUUGUGAUCGAUUCUGGAAGUUGUGAAAAUGUGAUCGCAGAGGAGGCUGUUAAGAAGCUGGCCCUAAGCACCGAGAAGCAUCCAAACCCGUACAAGCUAUCGUGGCUACAAAAGGGUAAAGAGGUAACAGUUUCUGAACGUUGUUUGGUUUCCUUUUCAAUUGGUUCUCACUAUAAAGAUAAAGUGUGGUGUGAUGUUGUUCGAAUGGAUGCUUGUCAUAUUUUGUUGGGUAGACCAUGGCAAUUUGACAGGGACGUAUAACAUGAGGGCCGCAAGAAUACUUACUCUUUCAUGUUCAACCAAGUUAAAAUUGUACUUGUGCCCAACAAAGAAGGUGCCCCAAAACCAACAGUCGAACGGGUAUCCAACUUGUUGUCCAUGCAUCAGUUCUUGGGGGAGAUGACCCAAGCAAAUGUAGUAUACAUGUUGGUAGGGAAGGAACAACAAGGAGGCAGUGAAAUACCGGAUACGCUGAGGAAAUUGGUCGAAGAAUUCAAUAGUGUAUUUCCUAAUGAAUUACCAUCAGAGUUGCCUCCCGUACGAGACAUACAACAUCAAAUUGACUUCGUGCCUGGGGCCAAUCUACCGAACCGACCCCAUUAUCGAAUGAGUCCGAAAGAACACGAAGAGCUUCGCCGCCAAGUUGAGGAGUUGUUGGCCAAAGGGCACGUCCGAGAGAGUCUUAGCCCAUGCGCCGUACCUGCCCUGCUAAUUCCCAAGAAAGAUGGUUCGUGGCGUAUGUGUGUGGAUAGCCGCGCAAUCAACAAGAUCACAGUCCGUUACCGAUUUCCAAUUCCUAGGUUGGAUGAUUUGUUGGAUCAACUCAGUGGAGCGACUGUCUUUAGCAAGCUGGAUCUCAAAAGCGGAUACCAUCAGAUUCGCAUCCGGGCAGGGGAUGAAUGGAAAACAGCUUUCAAGACUCGUGAGGGGCUAUAUGAGUGGAUGGUUAUGCCAUUCGGAUUGUCAAAUGCACCCAGUACUUUUAUGCGUGUGAUGAAUCAGUUAUUUCGUCCUUUUAUUGGGAGGUUUGUCGUAGUUUACUUUGAUGAUAUCUUGAUUUAUAGUGCUAACCAUGAGUUGCACCUUCAGCACUUACAGCAAGUCCUCUCUUUAUUGCACAAGGAAAAAUUUUAUGCUGCUAUCGGAAAAUGCUCAUUCAUGACAGAAAGUGUGCUAUUCCUUGGUUAUGUGGUCUCAAAGGAUGGUAUUUCGGUAGAUGAAUCCAAAGUCGAGGCAGUACAUCAAUGGCCUUUACCAAAGAACAUUUAUGAAGUGCGCAGCUUCCAUGGGUUGGCAUCUUUUUAUCGCCGAUUUAUCCCGAAUUUCAGUAGCAUCAUGGCGCCUCUUACUGAUUGUAUGAAGGCCGGGAAGUUCUCAUGGACAGAGGCUGCGACGAAGGCAUUCCAAGCGAUUAAGCAAAAGUUAACUUCUGCUCCUUUACUUAUACUACCAGAUUUUUCUAGACCCUUUGAGUUGCAUUGUGAUGCAUCAAAAGUGGGAAUUGGGGCUGUUUUGAGUCAAGGAGGCCGACCAAUUGCUUACUUCAGCGAGAAACUAAGUGGGUCGAGGACAAACUAUAGCACAUAUGACAUUGAAUUCUAUGCAAUAGUCCAAGCCUUAAAGCACUGGUAUUCUUAUUUAUCGCAAAGUGAAUUCAUUUUGUUUUCUGACCAUGAUGCGUUGAAACAUAUUAACAGUCAGGACAAACUAUCAUCUAGGCAUGCCAAUUGGGCUGCUUACUUGCAGCAAUUCACCUUUGUUCUCAAACACAAGUCAGGUGUUAUGAAUAAGGUGGCCGAUGCACUUAGUCGACGUGUUCUUUUUCUCACUACCAUGCGAACUAAAGUACUUGGGUUCGAUUCUUUUCGGGAACUAUUGCUUGCUGAUCCUUUUUUUGGGAACAUUCUUCGUGACGUUAAGGCAGGGCAACGAUCAGACUAUCUUUUGCAGGAGGGGUUUCUUUUCAAAGGCAACCAACUCUGUGUUCCCGAAUCUAGCUUACGCCUUCGAUUUAUCAAGGAACUACAUGAAGAGGGGCAUGUCGGGCGAGACAAGACAUUUCACUUGGUGGCCAAUUCUUACUUUUGGCCCACCAUGAGAAAAGAAGUUGCAAAGUUGGUGGAGGGAUGCCGCAUCUGUCAAGUCUCGAAAGGUACAGCCUCAAAUGCCGGGUUGUACAUGCCCUUACCAGUGCCUAGUCAGCCGUGGGCCGACGUUAGCACGGAUUUCGUCUUGGGACUUCCACGCACAAAGCGGGGUUGUGAUUCUAUCUUUGUUGUGGUAGACAGGUUCUCUAAAAUGGCACACUUUAUCGCUUGCAAGAAGACUACGGAUGCCGUUAAUGUUGCCCAACUGUACUUUCGGGAAGUUUAUCGUCUUCAUGGGCUACCAACAUCAAUUGUCUCCGAUCGGGACUCCCGGUUCCUUAGCCAUUUUUGGAGGAGCCUUUGGAGAAUGGCUAACACCAAACUUGACUUCAGCAGUGCAUAUCAUCCGCAAUCGGAUGGACAAACGGAGGUUGUCAACCGCUCAUUGGGUAAUUUAUUGCGGUGUCUUGUUGGUGAUCAUUUGAAGUCAUGGGACCAAAGGAUAUAUCAAGCAGAGUUUGCUUAUAAUCGGUCUGUUAAUCGUAGUUCGGGUUUUAGCCCAUUCCAAGUCAACUAUGGUUAUCAGCCGCGAGCUCCAGUCGAUCUUGCACCCGUUCCCGACCUCAAGCGAGUUCAUGGUAAAGCUACAGAGCUGAUUGCCCAUCUUCAGGAUGUUCACACAAAUACUCAGCAUAAUCUUCUAGAGGCCACUGCAAAAUACAAAUGUGCUGCUGAUAAGAAGCGUCGCCUCGUGGAAUUUGCAGUUGGUGACUUUGUUUGGGCAGUACUCACGAAGGACAGAUUUUCAGCGGGGGAAUACAACAAACUUGCAGCUCGAAAAAUUGGCCCAUUGGAGGUUGUGGAGAAAAUUAACUCAAAUGCUUAUCGUUUGCAACUCCCCAGCCACAUCCGCACUUCCAAUGUGUUCAAUGUCAAACAUCUCUUUCCUUACUAUGGUGACAAUUCUGAUGAUGAGCCAGCAAAUUCGAGGUCGAAUUCUUUUCACCCAGGGGAGGAUGGUGCGGAUCACAUAGCUGAAGAGUACAUGAAAACCCGAGCCCAAACCCGGGCCCAUCGGAAGGCUCGUUGAAGACCAGCAAGUCUGAAAACGAUUUCAGCUUUUAGCAUAUUUAAGUCCUUAUUUACUAUAUCCAAGCCUUUGAUUUUUGUUUCUCGUUUUGUUUAAAAUCUUUCCUUUUUGUUUAGGAUUUGAUUUGUUUCAUUUUCUUAACUCUAGAGAGGAUUUGAUUUGUUUCCUUUUUCUUAACUCUAGGGAGUUAGGAAGGUGUUAGUCUUUUCUAUAUAACCAGCACUAUGUAAUCGUUUAGGGGGAUUAUUUUUUUAUUGAUAAAAUUAUAGAGAGACCUAAUCUCUUUAUUCCAAA